AUGCCUCUAACCAAGCUCACACCUAGAAAAGAGUCAAAAUGUCCCAUGUGUCGAUUUAAGACUUAUGACAUGGCGGAAAUGACUAGGCACAUCACAGAAUGUGGGUUGAAACACAUUGAAAGGAAAUUUUCUUGUGAUAGAGAGGAUUGCAACUUUACUACUAAUAAAAUGGGAAAUCUUACAAGACAUAAGAAGAGACAGGAGGGGCAGAAUGAUGAUGUUCGACAAAUCACAUCUUCACAUUACAAGAAUCAGAAAAGUGACAAGGAAACAGCAAGUGAGAGUUCACCAUCUGCGGAUUGCAAUGAUAAGAAUAGUACCUCACAGGAUGCUGGUGAAGGAAAGGCAAUCUCGGACGAGGAGUGGAUAGAUGCCGAUCCAGGGGAUCUGCGAAGCAUAUUAGGUGAUGUUUCUGAGACUGAUAAUGAAAGGGAAGAGGACCCAAAUGCAAAACAAGUUAAUGAAGAUGCAAAUAUUGGAAGAAUCUUUCGGAAACCUACAACUCCAAUGCCGAUAUUUGCUCCUAAGCGCAAGAACCCUCUUGUCGCAUCUUCCGGACUUCCAGCACGCCCUUUAGUAAGAAAACCUCAGGUGUGUGUAACUGGUACACAAACAGAAAGGAAGAUUCGAAGAGUAGAAUGGACAAUUACCAAGUGGAGAGAAGGUGAACGAGACUUUGAGCACAUUGUGAUGAUUGAAGAAGAUUGA